UCGACAGCUGGUAGCGGCCACAUUCUAACAGAUUCUCGUAACUUGCUGGCCAUCACCAUUACCAUGAAUCACCAGCUGUCAUGGGCUUUCCUCUGCUCCCUCAUGGUGUAUCUCAUCGUGGGCACGUGUGUGGGCGUUGUGGGCGCCAACCAUGAAGGAACAGGCUCUGACCACUCCUCUCCCACGUCACCACACCACCACGACCCCGAGUCAGAGGGUGGGUCGGCAGUUCUGGAGGAGGAGGAGGAUCACCAGCUGAGGAAAAGGUUUAUCUGGACGCUGACUCAGGAACCUUAUUUCUACGGGAAGUACGGCGGAGGCGGCAGGGAGGAGGAGCGAGAGCAGGUAGGAGGGGCGGCGGGUGCUGGCUCAGAGUUACUGCCUGAGGCUCUCGCUCUCCGUAACCCAUCAUCCAUGCACAAGAGACUCUUCCCUCGCUGGUACCAGGCCUACGUCUACAAGAACCCAAGUUUCAACCGUGUAGUCGCUGCACCAGUGGGUGAACGUAAGAGGUUCCAGCCAUUCCAUCCCUUGGCCCGGUUCAGGGGUCUGGCUCUUACUGGCUCCUCUCAGUACUCCCCAGGCUACCGGGCCGUCCCUGACAUCCCACUCGCUGACGAUCCCGGCCAUCGCCUCCCCACAGCACCCAACGCCCCUCCCUCACCCAAGUACGAGAACCCAGUAGAGGAGGACGAGGCGACGGAAGAGGAUGUGGGAAAUCAGGUAAAGGCUGGAGAGUUGCUUCAGUUCCUCAAGAAUAUCGCCAGUGACAGGGGCCUCUCUAGCCAUACCAAGGGCUUCAGGUUCGGCAUCAGCAGGAGGAAGUAGACGGCCAGAGAUCCUCCUCCCCCCAGUCAUCACUACGCUCGUGCGAUGGACCAUGACGAAUCCCGCACCACAACUUCUCCAUACAUACACACAUACACACAUACAUCUCUAUCUUACCACACCUCCCAAACUAAAUGUGUUCAUGUAUUCUGAUAGUAAGUUGUUCAUGUAACUUGCAACUACUAGAUGUGUUCAUAUAAUCUCGUAGACAGUAGCUGGCAUACUGAGCAGCAACUGGAUGAGUUUAGGUAAUCUGGUAGAAGUUGUUAACAUAAUUUGCAUCUAAUGGAAGUGCUCAUGUAAGCUGGUCAACGUUCUUCACAUAUUCUGAAUCUACUAGAUGUAUUCAUGUAAUCUAGCAGAAGUUAGUGGAUGUGUCCUGAUAACCUGGUGAUAAAUCAUCCACAUGACCAUCUUCUACAAGACUUAAUAGUUAAAGAAAAUGUGGGUUUACAGCACAGCUUUAUCGAACAAAAACUUGACGUUCAUUAUUAUGUUGUGACAUUUUUUGGGGUAAAGGGACUCCUAGUUGAGGGAGUAUAGAGUGGGUGGGUUAGCGUAGAUAUAAACGUCAAUGUGUAGCUAUAAUAUGGUGACUGUGUACUAUAAUGUAAACGAUUCACAUAAUAAUAAAAUAAAUUUACAUCGAA